AUGAACACACUUGUCCACCUGGAGGGGCAAAGGCCACAACCAAAGACCAGGUGGGUGGAAGAUGCAAUCAUGGAUUGGCUGAGAGAAAAACCAACACUUGGCCCUAUAGCACUACACCAGAAGCUAUUUGACAAAUAUAAGAUGAACAUACCUUAUAUGAGGAUUUUUUAUGCUAAGGAAAUUGCUCUAGACUGCAUUAGUGGUCCAUGGAAUGAUAGUUUUCACUUGCUAUACACCUACAAAGCUGAAGUUGAGAUGGCUAGUCCAGGCAGUGUGGUGGAGAUUGACAAGCACACUGUUCAGUACAAUUACAAAUCAAAGAGGAAGGAGAAGGAAUGCUUCAGGAGGGCGUUUGUAUGUUUCAAGGCUUGUUGGAAAGGGUUCCUAGAUGGCUGCAGGCCAUAUUUGGCUACGGAUGCCAGUGCUUUGAAUGGAAGAUGGAGAGGACAACUUGUAACUGCAUGUGCAGUUGAUGUACACAACUGGCUUUUUCUAGUUGCUUUUGGUGUGUUGGAGGUAGAGUCAGAGGAGAGUUGGAUAUGGUUUUUGCAGAACUUGCGCAACAUUAUUGGUCAUCCACCAGGAUUGGACAUACACAAAGAUGCUUGUAAGGGUUCAGAAACUGCAGUGGAAAUGGUUUUCCCUGGAGUUGAGCAUAGGGAAUGUAUGAGGCACCUAACUGCCAAUUUCACCAAGAAAUUCAGGGAUAAAGUUUAUACUGACAACCUUUGGCCAGCAACAUACACCUGCAGCUUGAGGAAGCAUGAGCACCACGUGAAAGUUUUAUAUGCAGAAAAUGCAUUAGUGGAAGAGUACAUGACUGCCCAUCAUGGGAAGGUUUGGUCAAGGAGCAAGUUCAAUGAGAUUUGCAAGGUAGAUUAUGUUACCAGCAACCUUGCAGAGUGCUUCAAUGCAAGGAUCAAGUCAUUCAAAGGUCUCAUGAUAUAG